AUGAUGCUGAUGGAUCAUGGAUGUGAUGAUCCAAAUGUAGUCUCCCAAGCAUUCUUAAAAUAUUACCAGGAACUUCUUGGAGGUAAUAUUAUAGGUAGGAAGCAAGUUCUACAGGAGAUAGUUCAGGAGGGGCCUACUAUCACAGAUGAUCAUAUGGCUAUUUUAACUGCUCCAUACACUAUGGAGGAGAUUAAAAAAGCUCUAUUUUCUAUUCCAGGCUCUAAACCAGGCACAGAUGGUUUUGGUUCCUACUUCUACAGGGAUGCAUGGCUAAUUAUAGGAGAUGAAGUGGUGGCAGCUGUUCUAGAUGUACUUCAGAGUGGGAGAAUUUUGAAAGAGGUAAACACUACUGUCAUUACAUUAAUCUCCAAGAUUAAAUGUCCUAAAAAUGUUACAGAACUUAGACCUAUUUCCUGUUGUAAUACAUUAUACAAAUGUGUUACUAAGGUCUUGUGUAAUAGAUUAAGGCAUGUAUUACCUGACUUGAUUAUGGAAAAUCAGGGUAGAUUUUUACAUGGGAGGUAUAUUAUCCAUAAUAUCAUGGUAAUUCAGGAUUUAGUUAAACACUAUGGUAGCAAACAAGUUCAACCUAGUUGUUUGCUAAAAAUUGAUUUACAAAAAGCAUAUGACACAUUUAACUGGGACUUUCUUAAGGAAAUGUUUGAUACUUUAGGCUUUCCUUUACAAUUUUAG